AUCGUCUCUAUCGGAAGCAUAUAAUAUGACCAACUUAUCAAACAGUUUUCUCUGCGAAGACCUCUGUUUUUGACUGCGUUUCUCUGAGCGAUAAUGGAUUCCCAAGUCGCACAUCCUCAGGGCCAAGGUUACGAGCAGGACCCCAACGCUCUCGGCCUUCAUUCUGUUGUGGAGGGGGGAGAUAACGAGCACCACCAUGAGAAGAAGUCGGUCCUGAAGAAGGUGAAGGCCAAGGCUAAGAAGUUGAAGGACACGAUCACGAAGCACGGCCACGGUCACGGCCACGACCAUCCUGAAGGCCAUGUCCCCGACGAUCACGACCUCGACGAGGAGGAUGACGCGGAGGAGGAAGUGGUUGAGGACCCAGAAAUCCUCGGAGCCCCAGUAUUUGAGUCAGUCGCGAUCGCGAGCAGUGUCGACGCUGGAAGGUCCUUAGGGACGGGAGAGGACCGUGGAACUCCAACCGAUGCCAGGCGGGAGGAGAAAUUUGGCAAGCCGGGGUUCAAUUUGGGAAGCACCGGGCUGACGAAGGAAGAACUUCUUCGGGUGCCAGCAAACACACCACAGUCCGCAGCUCCUACUGGGGAUCCCGGGACGACCCAACUUUCGGAUCCGACUAUAACUUUUGUGCAUAGGAUGGGUGAGGCAGAGCGAGGCCGACCGACGGUCAAUUUGGCAAGGCCUGGUGGGUUGGAGGACCCGCAGUCACCCAGGAGCAGGAGAGAGCAAUCGAACUAUCAGACCAAAGUCACCGAUCCUACUGCUUCAGGUGGAGAGGAAGCCGAUGUUUCACCGGUCGUUCGUUCCCUUGGGAAGAUGACGGUGCAUGACGAAACAGAGCCAAAAUCAGGGACAGAUCAGAGCUUACCUGCCGAGACUCGCACUUAUAUCUCGAACAUACCCACUGGGACGGGAAGGCACGAUCAAUUCUCUCCUGAACCAACAUCCAUGGAUACCGAUACUGCUUCACUGGGAGUAGAUGUCACGAAGCCUGAGGCUCAUCCUGGUGACCAAACAGAGCACAAACCCUCUAGUCUGGGCAGUUAUACGGAGAAAUUAUCCUCUGCUACAUCCGUGAUUGCUGAGAAGGCAGUCCCGGCAAAGAAUCUGGUGGCUUCGAAGCUCGGAUAUAGCGAAAGAAAGUCCCCGAAGAGCUCUGAUGCUACCGGAAGUGAGACACACACUCAUGGUGAAAAGCCUCCUGAUCAGAGCAGCUACACUGGAAAAGUCUCAUCGGCUACUUCCACAAUUGCAGAUAAAGCAAUGUUAGCGAAGAACAUUGUUGCAGCGAAGCUUGGCUACAGUGAGAAAGGCGACACGACCACCUCUCACAACACUGGUGGCCCCAAUUCCGAGCCUCAAGCACAUCAGACCACCGCAGCUAGUGGCCAACCUCCGGAGCAGAGCAGCUACACCGGAGCAAUCUCGGCAGUAGCUGAUAAAGCAAUCUCGGCCAAAGAGACAGUGGCGUCUAAGCUUGGAUACGCAAAGAAAGAAGGGGAGACAGAAACUCUCGGUCCAGGCGGAAAUCAACCUGCCAAGGAGCAGGGAAAGGGCAUAGCGGCAGCAGUGACAGAGAAGCUGAGCCCCGUUAUCUCGAAAGUCACCGGCUCGAUGACAGACCAGCGGGCAGAGGCACCGGGAGAGGUGGCAGGGGCGCAGGCCCAAGAUAAGGGGGUGUCAGUGAGGGACUACUUGGCAGAGAAGCUGAAGCCAGGGGAGGAGGACAAGGCACUGUCGGAGCUAAUAUCGAGCGCUCUGCACAAGAAGAAGACUGAGGCGGAGGCAGAGGCAGACACGGCAGUGAAGGUGACAGAAUCGGAAGAAGUGAAGAAGCGGCUGGGGAAGGAUGAGGAAGGGCAGUUGAACAGUCCGGGGAAGCGCAUUGUGGACACUGUGAGAGGAGCGGUGGGCUCGUGGUUCAGCAAGACCGACGACUCGAAGGCUUCGCAGCAACCGGCCCGCCACGGUAAGACCAGCCUGUAUUCAAAACUUUGCAUUGCUUUUUCAAUUUGUCGUUGGUUUGGGAUUGGUUUGGUGUGAUUGGCGAUUCUGGGUGUGUUCGUUUCUUGCAGACGAGAGCGAGGCUGUUCCUUCUGCUGCAGAUGAGCCGCACUGCGGCUGAGAGGAGGACGUCAGGAAUCGAGCGACUGAUGGAAGAAGAGAAGGGAUUCUUCGGCGCCCCA